AUGGCUAGGAAACGAGGAUUGGCAUCUAUUAAGGCCACCACGGGUGAGCGGAUGGAAAUGUUCCAUCGGGCACUCGAUGGUUACAUAUCCAAGGGCUUCUGUGCUAUCGUCAAGGAUAAUCGCCUCGACCCAUCUAAGCCAGAAGCAUCUACGUGCCAAUCUAUCUGGGAGAAGCUGAGUAAGGGCACCCCUUAUCAAGGGGCGGCACCUAAUAUGUUGGAUAGUGUUGUGGAUGAUACCAUCGACGAGAUCUACGACUUGAGUCAACUAGCGGCUGAAAUCGAUGGAGACACUUUCGAAGUCGCUGUGAAAAGUAUCGACCCAGGAAGGAUCAAGAGU